AUGUUGGUUGAGCGGAGUCGCCCAGCAGCAAAUGUCGUUGAUGGAAAGAUAUAUGUAGCAGGAGGAGUGAAUAACUUCAAUUCCUCAAACUGGAUGGAAGUUUUCGAUCCAAAAACUCAAACUUGGGAGUUUGUGUUGUGCCCUCUUUCAAAGAGAUGCAGCAGUUAUAUAUCCAAGAACGCAGUGAUUGAAGGAAGAAUCUUUUACAUGUGUGUGAACAAAUGUGUGGUUUACAAGCCAGAGGAAGAUAGAUGGGAAGCCAUAGAAGGGUUUACUAAUUUGAAUUUCGGAUGGACAUGGCUUUCUUAUUGCGUGAUCGAUAAAGUACUAUGUUCUUUUAGGGAUUUAGUUGGUAUGAAAUGGUACUGCACUAGGAGACAAUCCUGGAUGAAUAUGAAAGGCUUGAUAGGAUUGCCUAAGUUUGAUAGUUAUAGUUGUGCUCAUAUGGCGGAUUACGAUGGGAAGCUGGCUGUUUUCUGGACCAAUGGAUAUGGAUAUAAGGAGAAGACAAUUUGGUGUGCGGUAAUUGCGAUUGAAAAACGCAACGGUGGUGAGGAUAUUUGGGGAACGGUCGAAUGGCUUGAUCCUCUUCUUACGGUUCCUAAAUCUUUUAGGUUCGAGUGUGUUGUUGCUGCUACUGUUUGA